UAAGAGAAAUUUUUGCCGUUCUUACGUUCUCUGUUGGUAAAUAACGUUAUUCUCUGUUUAUUUUUUUACUUUUUAAUUACCUAACCUUCAGUUCAAAAUGGCAGCAUCUUCAAGCAUGGAGUGUGGGGAUUUUUUGGAAUUUCAGGACUCUUUACAAAAGAUGAGACAGAUAGAUGACAAAAUAAUUUACUUAUUAAAUACAACUAUUCCUACGGAAUCAUUUCGGGGUCAAGUAGAUGCUACUUCUAAAUGUAAAGAUUUAUUCCAACAAAUUCAAUCAGGCCAUUCACAAAGGGAAAUUGCAAUUAAAAAGUGUAUGGAUUCAUCACGUGAAAAGGUCAAACGAUUGAAAGAAGAAAAAGAAAAAAAACCUGAUGAUAUUUCAAUGCUUAAAUCAUUAAGACACGAACAAACAACUUUGAGGCUUUUAGAAUCUGAAUUAGGUGUUGAAGAAGUAGUUAAAAAUCGUACCAAUCAAAUUUAUAUGGCUAAAUGUCGUGGGUUUUAUAAACCAAGUACCUAGAACUUUUUAAUAAAUUGUAUGUUUUAAUAAAGUA